CUAUGGCAAGAGGUUUUCAAGGAUCCUGACUUACAGUCUCUUAGUGCCAGGCUUCAGACGACUAUUUUGUCAGCGAGGGCUCCCGCGACAGUUAGCAUGUAUGACAGAGCGUUCAGGAGGUGGAAGGAAUUUGCAUUAAGCAAGCACGAACUUUCUUAUUUACCUGCUAAUCCUAUGCAUGUAGCUGUUUAUUUACAAUAUGUUUUAGAAUCUACAAGAUCGAGCAGUUCUGUGGACACUGCGUUUUACAGCAUUAAGUGGGCACACGAAUCAGCUGGUCUUGUAUCCCCUACAGAUAAUCCUUUAGUUAAAGGGUGCGGGAGGCGGCUGAAAGAAUUUUAGGAGCUAAGAGGUGUCAUAGGAAAGAACCUUUGUCUAUUGAAAUCAUCAAAGAUAUUAUCUCUGCCGCUGAUUUAUCUAAUACUCUUCAGCUGAGGAAUAUUUGUCUUUAUGUUCUUUGUUAUGCGGGGUUUUUUAGAUCGGAGGAGGUCACCAGUAUU